UGCUGAAGGCCUGUUUCCUAGGCUACAAACGGGGGACUAGUUCCUUAUUCUAUGCCUAGGGGAAAGUCCCCGGACCAAUGGCAGAGAGUGCCACGUGCGCGCGCACGGAGACUUCCCCUGCUUCUCACGUUAAAGUCCGCCAAGAAGCGACCCCGUGUAGGGCGAGCUGAGCGGCGUGUUGCAGGGGCGUCAUCAGUCAGCUCUUACAGUUACGCAGGCAGUGCGCUUCUGCGCGCUAACCACACGGGGCUCAUUCUCAGUGCGGCUGUUCAUUUUUAGAAAUGCCUAACCUUGGGGUGCUACUAUGGCUUCCAGUGGGAUCGGCGUGAGCGCCCCAGCCAGGGCAAAUGAAGCUCCCGAAAUUCCGGACAAAGUGGGAGAUUGGCUUCGGGGCGUCUACCGCUUCGCCACCGACAGUGACUCUGCCACCACCAGUACUGGAGAUGCUGAGCUGUGGGUGCCAAGCCCAGGGAGGGAUGAGAGUAAAAGGGGCCUGCAGCAGCUAACAGGUCAUAAACCAGACAGACCCCUCGGUGCAGGACUCGCAGACUCAGCUCCCACAUCAGCAGUCAUGAUGAGCAGUGGUAACAAUUGCACUUUGGAACUGCUAGCACCCGGAAUCCCCUCCAUUAGCGGGGCCUGGGGACUGUGGACCCUCUUAGGGGCUGUGAUGUUGCUGCUUCUCAUCUCACUGGCUGCACAUUUGUGCCGAUGGACGAGUGGCGGAAGCAGGAGCCAUCCAGGACUGGGACACUCUGGAGGGUCUUUGGAAGAGGUCCCCCUAUAUGGGAACCUGCAUUAUCUUCAGACUGGUCGGCUGUCUCAGGAACCGGGGCCAGAUCAGCAGGAUCCAACACCUAGAGGCCCCAGCACGGCUGCAGAGGAACCGAUGUGCUAUACCAGCCUGCAGUUGCGGCCUUCUCAGGGCCGUAUCCCCAGCCCUGGAACCCCUAUUAAGUACUCAGAGGUGGUGCUGGAUUCAGAGCCAAAGCCCCAGGCCUCAGGCCCUGAGCCUGAGCUCUACGCCUCAGUGUGUGCCCAAACUCGCAGAGCACGGGCUUCCUUCCCAGACCAGGCUUAUGCCAACAGCCAGCCUGCACCCAGCUGAGAUGGAGGGCCUGGCAGAGUGCAACAAGCAUCGCCCCAGCCUCCUCUGUUGCAGGGGCUACUGCUACCCUGUCCCUGGCAUGACUGUUUCCCAGCACCCUGCCCCCUGCCCCCGCCAAAGACAUGCAGCCAUUGCCCAGUCACAGGAGGUACCAUUCCCCAAACUUCCUAUCUGAGCUAUGAGGGAUGCAUCUCAGGGGAACAGUAAGCAGGUCCCCAGUUUCUUGGGGAUGAAGGAAACAAAGGUAGUGGCCCCCUUUCAUCCACCUCUCCCCAUCUAUUCCUCUAAUGCCCCAAGCUCCCUAGGUUCUCACUUCCUCCUUCUUGUGGAUUUUAAGCAGAUCCUCGCCACUCCCCCUCCCUUAAAGUCUACCCCUAACACUUGUGUCCCUUCAGACACAAGAAGUGGGCAGUGGUGGAAGGGGGGAACAGCCUGAGAGGACAAGGAUGGGUAUACUUGUUAGGAGCCCAUGGUCUAGAGGGAUCCUGGAACCUAGUGACAUGAGGAACCCAAGCCUGGCUUCUUAUCUGAGAACACUGGCAGGAAAAUACCAGUCCACAUCCUGCUGCCUCUGUCGUGUCCCCAGGUUUUCAAAUAAAACUUCUAUGUCUCAGAAA